CUCCUUCACCACCCUCCCGGAAGUGGAGCCGCCCUCGCGCCCACCAGCGGCUACUACCCCCUGCGGCAGGCCCCGCCCACACGGGCUCCGCCCCCCCCGGCUCUCCGCCCCCUCCUCGGGUAGUGGCGCCGGCUUGCGUCCCAGGUCGUGGCGGUUUUGGUGCCUGAAGCAGGGAGCGCGGAGUCGUUCCCGAGAGAGGCGGCCAGGCUAUGCUCGCCGGUUUCCGGCGUUCCGCUCCGGCCAGCCAGAGUCUCUGUCUCAACCUGUGUCCGUGCUCCAGCAGUCUCCUCAGUCCGGCCCCGCGGCGCGGUUGGCGGCGGCGCCCCAGGCGCGCCCCCUCCUCCGAUGGCGGCGGAGAUCCAGCCCAAGCCUCUGACCCGCAAGCCGAUCCUGCUGCAGCGGAUGGAGGGGUCCCAGGAGGUGGUGAAUAUGGCCGUGAUUGUGCCCAAAGAGGAGGGCGUCAUCAGCGUCUCCGAGGACAGGACAGUUCGUGUUUGGUUAAAGAGAGACAGUGGACAGUAUUGGCCAAGCAUAUACCAUGCAAUGCCUUCUCCAUGUUCAUGCAUGUCUUUUAACCCGGAAACAAGAAGACUGUCCAUAGGUCUAGACAAUGGUACAAUCUCAGAGUUUGUAUUGUCAGAAGAUUAUAACAAGAUGACUCCUGUGAAAAACUAUCAAGCGCAUCAGAGCAGAGUGACGAUGAUCCUGUUUGUCCUGGAGCUGGAGUGGGUGCUGAGCACAGGACAGGACAAGCAAUUUGCCUGGCACUGCUCUGAGAGUGGGCAGCGCCUGGGAGGUUAUCGGACCAGUGCUGUGGCCUCAGGCCUGCAAUUUGAUGUUGAAACCCGGCAUGUGUUUAUUGGUGACCACUCAGGCCAAGUAACAAUCCUCAAACUGGAGCAAGAAAACUGCACCCUGGUCACAACAUUCAGAGGACACACAGGUGGGGUGACCGCUCUCUGUUGGGACCCAGUCCAGCGGGUGUUGUUCUCAGGCAGUUCAGAUCACUCUGUCAUCAUGUGGGACAUCGGUGGGAGAAAAGGAACAGCCAUCGAGCUCCAAGGACACAACGACAAAGUCCAGGCCCUCUCCUAUGCACAGCACACGCGACAGCUGAUCUCUUGUGGCGGUGAUGGUGGGAUUGUCGUCUGGAACAUGGACGUGGAGAGGCAGGAGACCCCUGAAUGGUUGGACAGUGAUUCCUGCCAAAAGUGUGAUCAGCCUUUCUUCUGGAACUUCAAGCAAAUGUGGGACAGUAAGAAAAUUGGUCUAAGACAGCACCACUGCCGCAAGUGUGGGAAGGCCGUCUGCGGCAAGUGCAGCUCCAAGCGCUCCUCCAUCCCCCUGAUGGGCUUCGAGUUUGAAGUGAGGGUCUGUGACAGCUGCCACGAGGCCAUCACAGACGAAGAACGUGCACCCACAGCCACCUUCCAUGACAGUAAACAUAACAUUGUGCAUGUGCAUUUUGAUGCAACCAGAGGAUGGUUACUGACUUCUGGAACUGACAAGGUUAUUAAGUUGUGGGAUAUGACCCCAGUCGUGUCUUGAUGACUCUCCCAGGAAUCAGAAAGAUAGUAUUUACUAAAGAAACGGUUGUUUUAAUCCAAAUCAUUACCAGAGUGGUAAAGCAGACAUGUGAGAAGUAAGAAAGAAACUAAAGACCCUGAAUGAAUUUGCAGAUUACCCAUGUGCACAGUGGGGACCUGGCGAGUGAGUACUCACAAGGGGACUCUUCCAACUUGUUCAUACAAUAUAAAAGAAGCUAUUUUUUUAACAAAUGGUUUAUACAGUCUGGCUGUGCUGCAUUGUUUUGAGUAUACCGAAAAAUCUGUGUGGGGUGUUUAAUUUUUAUACUUUUCAACACCCCAUUUUACUUGUUGCUUUGUCAGAGAAAUAAGGGAAGUAGCUACUCAGAGUAUUUUGGUCAUUAUAGUUUCUGUGUUUACUUCAACAUGUGUCACGUGGCCAGCGGCUUUUUCUUCUCUUCCCUCUGCACCUACCUGCACCUUCUCUGCCUUUCCUGGAGGGGAUGUAUUUAUGUUAUUUAUUCCCAGUGUUUCUGCUUUCAUGUCCUCCUCAGUGGAGAGAUUCGGAAACCCAUCAUGUGGAUUCACCAGCCAGCUGCUGGAAUCGCCUGAAGAGCGAUUUGUUUGUAAUGUCUGCCUCACUCACGUUCUUAUGAAGUAGAAAAGACUGUGUUUCUGCCUCAGUUGCCUCUGUCUUUCCCACAUUAAAAAAAAAAAAUGCUGUGAGAAAGCUGCUCCCAGCCAUGGUUAUCACAGAAGUAGAUUAUUUUAACUCAGAGCUUCAACGAUCAGUGCCUGGAUCAUUUAGAAUUCAGUUGGAGCCUCCUGAGCCUCUUAUGUUUUAGCUUUUUUGACACAGCUCUCCCUCACUCCUAACAAUGAAAACAAACGACACACACACAAAAUCCUACAUCAGCGGCCCUCAACCUUGUUGGCAGCAGGGACCAGUUUCAAAAUGAAACUGUUCCACCUCAGAUCAGCAGUCAUUAGCUUCUCAUAAGGAGCAUGCAACCUAGAUCCCUCGCAUGCGCAGUUCACAAUAGGGUUUCUGCUCCUAUGAGAAUCUAACGCCACCACUGAUCUGAUGGGAGGUGGAGCCCAGGCAGUAAUGCUUGCUUGCCCACUGCUCACUUUUGAUGGGUGCCCCCAUUCCUCACAGGCCAUGGACUGGUACCCAUCUGCAGCCCAGGGUUGGGGACCCCCACCAUACAUGCUCUGAAAAUAAGUGUCUUUAAGUUGUGUUUUUCUGUGUGAUAUCAUCUCUGAACUUGAACAUGUUCAUUAUGGCAAGAUCGUAAUCCUGCUGUAUUUCUCGCCCUCUGUAUUCUAUCCCUUUAAAAACUAGAUAUUUAAACAUUUUAUCCUAAUGUGUUUCAUCAGAACACUUUGCACACUUUCUUACUAAAACAGUAUGUGGUUGGUCUGAGACAGAAUGGUACCUACAGCGCAGGCUGUGUUCCUGUGGGAAUGGAAAAGAGGACUUUAGAAAGUGAACCUGAAAAACUCUUAUUUCUAAGGGAAUCCAAUCAAGCUUGAGAAAAUGAAACAUUCUUGUGUGUAGUGAUUCAACUCAGGAUAUUGAAGUCCCUUUUAAAAAUCUUAUUUUCACCUGUAAAAAUAGAAUAAAAAUUAAUGGCAAGCCUGCGCCCGGUGCCUGCCCCUCCCAAGCACUUCACACGCACAGCUCAUUCAACCUCACGUGUCGGGAGCAUCAGGGAGCUCACCAGUCUCUUGAGGAUCACAGGCCAAUCGUUUGUCCUUCCCGACCCAAGCCCCACCCCACAGUGUCUUGCUCUCUUCUGAUUUUACAGGUUUUUUUGGUGGUAAUACACAUGGGAGUGAAAUUGAAAUCCUCCCUAUUAUUUUCCCCCUUUUCCUGGAAAGCCGUUUUUUGCCCGCACAAUCAUUCAUUACUUCUCUAACUAGGGGGAAGUACUACAAGCCAUCCUCGGGUACUGCUCCUACAUGUGCUUCCCAGGGAUGGGGCCUUGCUAGAGGUGAUUCUGCUGCCCCAGCAUUGGGAAGCAGGACCAGUGCAUGUGUCCCAUGCAGCCGUGGUACAUGGAAGCUGUCACCUGAGCCAUCAGACCGGCUCAGCCCAUGUGACCGGAGCUCUGAAGAGGCACACACGCAUGCCCUGCACAGGCUGUUAGCACUUGUCACCUCGCUGACCUGGUCCACGCUACCCUUGCUUGUGUCAAUCAAAACUGUUAUAACUACUUUGAGUCUCUUCUGCAUGAUUGCCCUGUGAGAGAGCUUUAACAAGGGAAUUAAAUUUAAAAUAUUCAAA